CAGACAAGUGGCACACGUCGCCGCAGCGCGAUGUGGCACAUGCAUUCCUUGCACGAGCCCAUCGGUGCCAUGCGCUUCAUGACGCUUAUAUUGUUUGUGGUGGCGGGCUCGACAUUGGCGCAGCCGGCACGCAUCGGUGUGGUGGAACUACAGCCGAUACUCGCGCGGCAGCUGGCGGCGGCAGCGGAGGCAGCACUGCAGUCGCUGCCCGACGCUGGUGUAACCGUCCAAGUCGCCGGCGUGGAGCCCGACGAGCCGCUCUCGCUCGCCGCGCACCUUUGUGCUCAGGCGCGCGAGGGUGUAGCGGCGGUGUUGAGUGCGGGCGGUGAACGGGCGGCACGGCUGGCGGGAGCGGCGGCGGCACGCGCGGGCGUGCCGCUGCUGCUGCUCGAUGAGGCACCCGCCGACGGUUCCUGGGAGGCGCUGCCGCUGUACCCGCAUCCCGACGUUCUGGCGCAGGCGUGCGCGGAUCUGUGCAAAGAGAAGGGGUGGCGGCGCGCGGUGGUGCUGCACGAGGGCGGCGCGGCGGGCGCGGCGCUGAUCGCGCCCGACGGCGAGCCGCUCGCGCUGCUGGCGCGCCAGCUGCCGCCGCCGUCGGAGCCGGCCCUGCUGCGCAGUCUCCUGCUGGUGCUCAAGCGGCUCGGCGUCACCAACUUCAUCGUGUGGUGCGAGGCGGCAUGCUGCGAGCGCGUGCUCGACGCGGCGCAGCGCGUGGGCUUGCUCUCCGACCGCCACUCUUAUAUCAUGCUCUCGCUGGAUCUGCACACGCGCGACCUGGAGCCCUACAGUCACGGCGGUGCCAACGUCACCGCUCUGCGGCUGUUCGACCCGGAGUCCGAACACGUUCAAAACAUGAUGGCCGCGUGGCAGGCGAGCUACCUGCAGCAACUGGGCGAGCCCGGUGACGCCGGUGACGCGACGGACGUGGAGCGCAUCGCAGCCGCGCCCCCCGCCGCUCUGCCGCUGGCAUACCAGGCGACCGCGCUGGCCACCGAGGCCCUCAGUCGGCUCCGAUUGCCGACCGCCGGCGGCGCCUCCUGCGAGCGGGGGCUCGGCGCGUUUCACGCGGACACCCUGCUCAACUAUCUGCGCUCAGAGGAGUGGGUGAGCGGCGCGGGCGCCGGCGGCGAGGUGUCGUGGGAGACGGACGGCGCGCGGCGCGAGGUGCAGCUGCAGGUGGCGGAGCUGGUGCGCGGCGGGCGGCUGCAGCACGCCGGCGUGUGGGCGCCGAGCGCGAAGGUCACGUGGCAGCGCGCCGAGGCGCCGCCCGACACUAGGCCGCUCGACUCUAUGACCAACCGCACCUUCGCCGUGCUCGUGGCACUUAAUAAGCCGUAUGUGAUGCGACAGGAGUCCACGUUGCGUCUCUCGGGAAACGAGCAGUACGAAGGGUUCUGCAUAGAGCUCAUCGAGAAGCUUUCCAAGAUGUUGAAGUUCAACUACACGUUCGUGGAGCAGGUGGAUGGUUCGUACGGCUCCUACGACAACGCUACUAAUAGGUGGACCGGAAUGAUCGGCCGCCUCAUGACCGACCCAAAUAUUGACUUCGCCGUGACGGACCUGACAAUCACGUCAGAGCGCGAAAAAGCGGUAGACUUCACUACGCCUUUCAUGAACCUCGGCAUUGCCAUUCUGUUUCGCAAGCCCAAACCGCCGGAGCCCAAGCUGUUUGCUUUCCUCUUGCCCUUCUCGAACGGAGUGUGGAUCUGUCUCGGGUUCGCGUACUUGGGCACGUCGCUGCUGCUGUACGUAGUGGGGCGGCUGUGCCACGAGGAGUGGCAGAACCCGUACCCGUGCAUCGAGGACCCGCCUGCACUCGAGAACCAGUUCACGCUCGCCAACGCGCUGUGGUUCAACCUGGGCGCCGUGCUGUUGCAGGGCUCUGAGAUCGCGCCCGUGGCGUACGGAACGCGCGCCGUGGCCAGCAUGUGGUGGCUGUUCGCGCUGGUAAUCACCAGCUCAUACACGGCCAACCUGGCCACACUGCUGGCCACCAAGUCUACCACCGAGCUCAUCCACAACGUCAACGAACUCGCCAACAACAAGCUCGGCAUUAAGUUCGGCGCCAAAGCCAACGGCUCCACGCACUUGUUCUUCAAGAACUCGCAGAACGAGAUGUUCCAGAAAAUGUACGAAGACAUGAGCCACUGGUCCAUGCCUACCAGCAACGACGAGGGAAUCAAAAAAGUGGCGACGGAAGACUUCGCGUUCCUGAUGGAGUCCACGUCCAUCGACUACGUGACGGAGCGCAACUGCAACGUGACCAAGGUAGGCGAUAUGCUCGACAGCAAGGGCUACGGCAUAGCCAUGAAGAAGGACUCGCGUUACCGGCAAGGGCUCAACCUGGCGCUGCUGAAUCUACAGGAAGCGGGCACGCUGCGCGAGAUGAUCAACACCUGGUGGAACGAGAGGAACGGAGGCGGCGCUUGCAAGGACGUGGAGGAGUACGAGAACGAAAAGCUGCGCAUGGCAAACUUCUGGGGGUUGUUCCUGGUGCUGGUGGUGGGGUGCGCGUUAGGCGUGGUGGUGUCCUGCGCCGACCUCGCGUACGCCGCGCUGCGCUCCAAGCGGCCCGCGCAGCGCGGAAACACGUUCGCCGCGCGCUUCUGGGACGAGCUGCGUUUCGUAUUCCGUUUUGAUCAAUCCGUGAAACCCGUGCAGGGUCCUUUGAUCAAGUCACCUAGUAGCUCCCCGCGCUCGGAGUCGUGCGGCGAGGAGAGCCCGGAGGAAGCGGCAGUCACGGAGGGUGCGCAUACGGCGCGGGAGGGCACGACGGGUACGGAGGGCGCGGGCGGGUCCGAGGAGCCAGCGGAGGAGCGGUGGCUGCGGCCGGGCUCGGCGGGCGCGCGCUCGGCGCGCCGCCGCUCCUCCAUGCACGCGGCGAACGCGCGCCUCGCUCGCCACGCUCCCUCGCACUCCGCCACGCCCGCACGCCGCUGACAACUCACCACCAGCCUGUAAUAUAUACACUUAUUAAAUGUGAACUCUGUACAGGAGGUCCGAAGCCGAAGAAUCGCAAGCAUAAACGUACAAAUGCGAGAGGGUUGGCAGAAACUCUUACUGAUUUCUUAAAUAAUAAAUUUUAACAUCGACGUGGCGUAGCGAUUGCAAACUACAGGAGCACACCCGCCGCAGCAUAAGCGGCGCCGAGGUCUGCGGCGGCCACAAGUAGAGACCAUUAGACUGCUACCUCGCUCGCACUUGUAGCUCUUAGGGUAAAUUCUUAACUAACGUAUGUUAGCAGAGAUAUGAUAAAUACAGGGAUUCGAUUUAAUAAAAGCAAUUAUCAUGGGGGUUAGAUGGGAUUAUAGUAGGAUUUAGUAAGUACCAAGGACAAGCCUCAGAACAAUAACCAAGCUUCACUAUCCCUAAGGGAAUAGGAUAUAGUGGCAGGUCGGAGAAUUAAACGGUAACACUGCCGACUAUUUCAAGGGUAUCUUCCGAUUGCUGAGCUAGAGCGUAUCGUGAAUAAACCGUGCGAUCAAUAACAGUUUUCCACGACGACGUUUUGCUUUAAUCAUUAAGUACUGGUUAUUUAAAUUAAUCUAAUAAUAGAAAUGAACAGUACAUACUUCCUUAGUAAAGAAAAAUAAGAAUUUCUUUUCUAUUUUAGAACUCUGAGGGCAUAAUUUUGACGGAGGAAGCAGCAACUUGAUAACCUAUUUAAUUAGUAGGAGAACCUGAGAGGAGAACAUAAUAAGUAGGUCCAUACACACAUAGGCAUGCAAGAUGUUACAUAAUUAGAGUAGCGACAUCACGGUAGUCGCGGCAGAGGUGUACAAGUAAGUAUAUUCCACUGUUACAUAUAUGACUAGCAGGUUUAGACCUGUCACAAUAAAGUCGUCAGUGCGUUAAUAACUGUCAACGAGUUUCCCUGAAAUAAUAACAUAUUUAACAAAGACAUACAUCUAUAUAUAUAAAAAUCAAUUGCUGUUCGUUAGUCUCGCUAA